AAAAUUGUCAGCUUAAACGGAACAAAACUAAAAAGGGAAUUGUUGUUAAACCAAUUGUUUCAAACCAUUUAAACUCUCGAUGCCAAAUCGAUCUCAUUGACUUACAAACUAGACCAGAUGGUGACUACAAAUUUAUUUUGCUGCUAUGGAUGAAAUAAAACAAAAUCAAUACAUAUUGAUUUUUUUAGGUGAUUGAGGAAUUAGUCGGAAUGUGGCCUGACUGCCAUAUUGUGCAUGGUAAACCGAGACAUUCACAAUCACAAGGUUCAGUGGAGAGGGCGAACCAAGAUAUAGAGAACAAGUUAGCGUCGUGGAUGAAAGAUAAUAACUCGACAAAAUGGAGCGAAGGUUUAAAAAUCGUUCAAUUUCAAAAAAAUCGCUGCUUUCAUUCUGGUAUUGGACGCAGUCCUUAUGAAGCUUUAUAUGGUGUAAAAUGUAGAGAUGGUUUAAAUAACCUCCCUGUUUCUAUCACAAACAUUAAAUCCAUACGUACAGAAGAGGAACUGGAAACAUUAUUAUCUUCUAGUAAUGACACCGAGGAUAAAGUGGAAGAAGAUUCACAUCCUUCAAAUAAUUUUGUACCCGAUGAAAAAUCUACAGUCACUGAAGAGGAAAUGGCCGCCCAACAAUUGUCUGAUUUAAUUGAAAAUGCUACGCUGGUUAUGCUGCCCGAUAAUACUCAUAGGCCAGUUGUAUUCGCAGAUAAUACUGAAACCCCAAUUUUACUCGAACUUAAUACCGAAACCCCAGUUUUACCCGAAAAUAAUACUGAAACCCCAGUUUCACUCGAAGUUAACAAUAGAACCUCGGUUUUAUUUAAAGAACAAGCAAUGGCAUUGCUCUCUACUGAAACAACAGAAAAUGCUCUCAAUGAAUCAUUACCACAAAAAUGCUUAUUAUGUUCUGAUGAAAACGUGUGUGACCAUUGUCAGAAUAAAAACAAUAUUAAAGCGAUAAGGGAUUCAUGCCAGGAAAGUCUAAAAAGGCAAGCACAAAAAAUGCUACAAACUUCUCGCAAGAAAUUUAAACCAGGAGCCGUCGGCAUCUCCGUGAGAGUACCCAUUCCAGAUGUAGAUCGAAGUCGGUCAGAUCAUAGAAAUAUAUUGGGCGUAGAAGAUGAAUUUUACCGAAUUGGAACUGUUCACGGUGUUCUUAAACAGCUUUAUUCCCGCAACGAAUUUGAAAUAUGUAAGCAACAAUUUUUAAAGUUGGAAAAUGUCAAGACGGACACCGAAAUAACAUUACGAAGCGCUGCAGGAAAAUUUUCAGUAUCGGGUUCAACCCAAGGAUAUGUGCGAUGUCACUGCAAGAAGAGUUGUGCGAAUAAAAAGUGUAAAUGUCUUGCGUCUGGAUAUACGUGUAAUAGUAAGUGCCACAACAGUGCAACUUGCUCCAACAAAUAA